UAUCUAUUUGCCAUUUAAAAAAAAUACAUAAGCUAAACACAUAAGCUAAUGAGUUACUUGAAUUAUAUAAAAUCAUAAUUAAAAUUUUGAGGGUAUUACACUCCUGCUGUCACCAAUUCAACAUAUAACUCUCUAAUAAUCUCUACCAUUACUAUCUCUCAUCUAAAAUUUUGCUUGAGCAUAAGGACAAACUCAAACAAAAAUACCCUUGGUUGUUGAAUAUUUAUUUUUUUUAUAAAAAAUGGGAUCAAAGAGGGAUUCCCCUGUGAAUGUUUUGUCAAGAUGGUUGAGAAAGAGAUCAAUGAAAGUGAAGAUAUUUUUAGGGAUAUUGCUUGCUUUUUGUGCUUUGGUUGUUCUCAAGUUUACUAUUAGAGAUCCAGAUUAUUUUUUCAAAGCCUCUAAAACAAUCCAUGUUGUUGGUGUUAUUGUCCUCAUAUACAAGCUGAUUGUUCACAAGAGUUGCUCUGGUUUAUCCCUCAAGACUCAAGAGCUCACAGCUGUAUUUAUAACAACAAGAUUAGGUUGUAGUGUCUUCAUACAAUCUAACACCCACGCUAUGUUGGAUCUUAUACUUCUCUUGCCAACAUUGUUCAUUAUUUGGUUGAUCAGAUUUAAGCUCAAGUCAUCAUAUAUCAAGGAGUUUGAUAACAUGUGGCUAUCAUUUUUGGUGGUGCCUUCUAUAAUUUUGGCAAUAGCAAUCCACCCAAGAUUUACAGCUCAUAUUUGGUUAGCUCGUGUUGUUUGGUCAUUCACUACAUAUUUGGAAACAGUUUCCAUACUUCCUCAAUUUCGUUAUAUGAAAAAUUCAAAGAUGGUUGAAACAUUUACAGGAUAUUAUGUAUUUGCUCUUGGUGUCUCAAGAUUCUUCUCACUGGCUUUUUGGAUUAUUCAUACUUAUGAAACUAAAGGGGAGUAUCUAUUUUUUUUCCGCCAUGGCUAUUUCUGGAUGCUAUCAAUUUUUUUAUCAGAGAUAGUGCACUCUUUCAUCUUGGCCAACUUUUGUUACCAUUACAUCAAGAGCUUCAUGCAAGGGAGACUUUUGAAGAAGAUGCCUAUUUAACGAUCUUGAUUUGGUUUACAAUGUAUUGAACAAAGAGUUUACAACUAUAAAUUAGUUGAAGGCUUUUAUAUAUCGUAAUGUGAUAUAUAAACUCUUUCUAUUUUCUACUUUUAA